GCUACCGCAGUGGUUCGAUGCCCCACCGCUCUCUGAAAACUGUUUGAUUUCUACCUGUAUCUUGUCUCCACAACUAUCGAUCGUUAACGGCUAUGGCUCCUAUCUCCGUCGGCGAUUCGUUACCGGAUGGUACGGUCUCUUACUUUGACGAUGAGGACAACCUCCAAUCGGUGUCCGUACACUCCCUCGCCGCUGGUAAGAAGGUCAUCCUAUUCGGCGUCCCCGGUGCCUUCACCACCACUUGCAGCUUGAAGCAUGUGCCGGGGUUCGUUGAGAAAGCAGAAGAGCUGAAAUCAAAGGGCGUUGAAGAUAUUCUCUUGCUUAGCGUCAAUGACCCCUUUGUGAUGAAGGCAUGGGCCAAAACUUACCCUGAGAACAAGCAUGUGAGGUUCCUUGCUGAUGGCUCGGCAAAAUACACUCAUGCUCUUGGUCUUGAGCUUGACCUUGCAGAGAAAGGACUUGGCACUCGUUCUAGGAGGUUCGCUCUCUUGGUCGACAAUCUCAAAGUGAAGGUUGCAAACAUCGAAUCUGGGGGUGAAUUCACAGUCUCCAGUGCCGAUGAUAUCCUCAAGGCACUUUGAAUAUCCUUUUUCAGGGCACGCUCCGUUAAGCUCCCGAGAUCUCUUUCUGGUCGCUUAGGUUGGGUCUAAAGCAGAUUGUGAUGGGAGCAAAAAUAAAGACGUUUAUUACUACUUUUUGUUGUGGAUUUUGGAUCAUUAUGCUUAAUAUCAUUACUCGUGGCAGUAGAUUAUACCUA